AUGACGUUUCCGCUUUUUCUUUCAGUUUCUUUCCAUUCCGCUGAGAGUCUUUCUGUAUUCCAUACUUUCUUUCGAUAUUUCUCACUUUUGCUUCUUUUAGUUUUUAAAAAAAUUGUGGCAUUUUUAUUUAGAAAUCUUCUCAAUAUAUUUUUCUUUUCUAUAAUUUUCCUUCUUCCUCUUUCUUUCUUUCUUUCUUUCUUACGAUCUUUUUUCGUGUAUCAUUUUUGCCGUCUGGUUCUUUCUUUCUUUCUUUCUUUCUUUCUUUCUUUCUUUGUCUCCCACUUUUGCGAUCUCGUUCGUUCUUUCCUUCUUUCUUUCGACCUUUUUUCGUCACCGCCCCUAUUGCCGUCUUGUCCUUUCAUUCUUUCUUUCUUUCUUUCUUAUGACAUUUCCCGCCCCCCUUUACCGUCUUGUUCUUUCUUUCUUUCUUUCCGUCUGUCUUUCUGCUUUUUUUUCGUCACCGCCCCUAUUGCCGUCUUGUCCUUUCUUUCUUUCUUACUUUCUUUCUUUCUUACUUUCUUUCUUACUUUCUUUCUUUCUUUCUUUCUUUCUUUCUUUCUUUCUUUCUUUCUUUCUUUCUUACGGCAUUUUUCGCCCCCCUUACCGUCUUGUUCUUUCUUUCUUUCUUUCCGUCUGUCUUUCUGCUUUUUUUUUCGUCACCGCCCCUAUUGCCGUCUUGUCCUUUCUUUCUUUCUUUCUUUCUUUCUUUCUUUCUUUCUUUCUUUCUUUCUUUCUUUCUUUCUUACGGCAUUUUUCGCACCCCCCUUACCGUCUUGUUCUUUCUUUCUUUCUGUCUGUCUUUCUGCUUUUUUUUUCGCCCCACCCCGCCGUCUUGUUAUUUCUUUCUUUCUUUUUUUCUUUAUUUAUUUAUUCAUUCGUCUCCCUCUUUUGCCGGCUUGUUCUUUCUUUUUCUUUCUUUCUUUCUUUUUUCUUUCUUUCUUUCUUUCUUUCUUUCGACCUUUUUUCUUCUUCUUUCUUUUGCCGUCUCUUUUUAUCUCAGCAUUUUAA